UAACAGCUUGUGAAGAAGUUGAAGUAUUGUCGGACUUGGUUCGGCGAGCAAGAAAUUACAAGGCAGAUGGCAUUCGAGGCAGUGAUCCCUUCGUUGACGACAGAUAUUUAAAACCGGGUUUCUACAGCGUAACAAAUGAAAAAGGACAAUAUCUUAUGCCAGAUAAAGAAUCCAUGCCAGGUUUCGAUGUUUGCGGCACACAACUUCCGAUAUAUUUAAAAGAUACGCAUCCUGACAUAACAGCGCUGACAAUUGAUUCGACAGAUGUGGUUGCUUGUGAACUCAGUCCGUUCAAAUUAUGUGAGAAUGAAAGGCACAUUUCUAUUAGAAAGUGUGGUGAUGACAUACAGUAUUACCUUCAGCAAACUAGCCAGAACUCUGCUUAUUGUUUUGAUCCACCAGAGCUGCAAAAUGUAAUCGAUAUUGAUAAAGCUCCAGAUGUAGUUCUGGGAGAAAUGAGUGUUAGUCCUAAACUAGACUUUUAUGACUUUACUUCUCCUUUCGACGGAAAGACAUAUAAUCGCCCAAAAAUCAAUUUUGAAUGUACGGAAGAACCCGUCAAAGUCAGAUCAUCACUUGAACUGCUUUACUCGACUUAUUGGUUUAUUGAUAACGAGCUUAUGUUUAGCUUUGAACGGAAAAACGGUUCAUUUUUAUUAACAGAAGAUGAUCUCAAGAAGAAGGACUUCAAGCUAGGAAUAAAUGUAACUUAA